AUGCCUGUCUAUCCGGUCCGGCGCAGGCCGCGCGAGUGUAAAACGUGUUUGCCCUGCCGAGCGAGCAAGGUCCGAUGCGAUCGCAAUGUGCCCUGUAGCAACUGCGUCAAGCGCAACUUCAGCUGCACGUACGGCCGUCCGCCACCCUCCAACGCCUCGAAACCGCCGCUCCUGUCGGAUCCCUUUGCGACCGCGACCACGACCACCUCCGCGGUCCCGUCCCCACAGCUCCCACCGCCGCCAUCCUCCUUCACACCCGCCGGUGGCGAUGGCGGCCGCUACAGUUUUGCUUCCACCUCCGUGGGGGACUAUGGCCGCCCGGAUCCGGACCCUCACGCGUCGUCGGAUAUGGUAUCUCUGUCGCAGAUGGAAUGGGAUGAGGUCAAUGCGAAGAUGCAGGCCAUGGAGCAGAUCGUGACCAGUCUGCACUCGCUGUUCUCAAACCAUUCGGAGCGGAGACCGACCGAUUUUCGUUCGGAAACGUUUGUCAGCGAUGAUGGCAUGUCGUCCAGCGGAGCAUACGAUUCCAGCAGGCUGGAAACCGGCGAGGUCCACAUUGGCGCCCGAUCUGCCCUGUUAGACAUCUUGGGCAAGACCAAUGGCUCCCAGGAAGCGGCCCAGGGGUUGCCCACGGGUGAACUCCUUGCGGAGUUGGCGAUGGGGAACGAGUCUGCUGCAUACCCAUUCGUGGACCUCUGGUCGUCGGACCCAUUUACAUUCAAUAUUGCCGGCGUAUGCGGUGUGCUUCCGGACGAUGAACAGUGUCAAAAAUUUUUCGACUUCUACAAAGAUAUCGGGGCGGUUUUAUACCCUGUCCUCCCGAACGUGCGGAAAAUGGAAGAUGAAAUGAACCGCUUGUUACAAAACCGGGCCCACGCGGGUGGUGUUUACAAACCUGAUGGCAGUGGUCUUAUGAAGCCAUUUGGCAUGAGCCUUCCAUUCCUCAGCCUGCUCUUUGCCGUCUUGGCGUCGGGCUGUCAAUUGUCCGACUUGUCGGGAAGCGAGCGGCGGUUGACGUCGUGGGUUUAUGUGUCUUGCUCAUACCAGUGUCUGCGGAUGAUCAAUUAUGUGUCUCAUCCGACAGUGGAGGUGAUUCAGAUAUUGCUUAUCAUCAGCAAUGUGUUAUCGUACAACAUGAAUGCGGGCGCAUCGUAUACCUUGCUUGGGAUGACGGAGCGAAUGUGUAUGGUGCUUGGUCUCCAUGUGGAGUCCCCCGGUUUUUCUAUCGGAGCCAAGGCAGCGCGGAGGAGAGUGUGGUGGGCCAUGGCGUUUCAAAAUAGCCACUUUUCCCUGGCGUAUGACCGGCCGUCCAUCACGAUGAUCAACCAGCCGGAGAUCCCGUACGACCCGAAGUCGAUGCCCGGUCACCGAUCGUAUUUCGAGACUCUUUGCCGAGUCAUUUCCGUCGCCCUGGAAAUGCUGCGAGGGUUGCUGUUCCACCACCACACCCACCUCCGAUACCACGAAAUCCGGGAGUACAAGCAACAGAUCGAGCGCAUCACCACAGAGGCAGCUCCGCACCUGCGACAGCGGGAGAGCUGCCGCACACUCGCCGAUCACAUCGAGCGGACGGAGCUGCAGCUGCACUCGUCGUACUACAUUUCCCUCAUGUGCCGAGUCUCCCUCGACCCGGACGCCCCGCUGGACGACCAGCGGCGCGCGAUCAUCCGAGGGGACUGCCUGACGAAUUUGAUGCGAACGAUCGAGGCCUUUGUCGAAUUGCACUCGAUCAACACGCAUUGCUCGCGAAGCUGGAUCAGCCUACAGCGGACCAUCGCCUCGGCGUUCCUCCUCGUCGCGCACAACAACGCCUCCGUGCACCCGCAUACCUGGGAUCUCAUCCAACGGCUGGAGAACGUACUAGCCGACCACGUCCACGCGAACGGCGAGGAAUCUGAGAACAGCCAGACCGACUCGGCCAAGCACCUCGCAUCAUCCCUGCGGGCGCUCCGGGAAGUCAGCGCGGCCUUCCGCGCCCGCGAAAAGGGCAUGUCGGCCCCGGAGACCACGGCGGUGACUCCCAACUACCCGACGGCUCUCGACAUGAUCUCCCCUGCGUCUGUGCCGGCUCAGGCGACCGAGCCUCUGUAUACGGGCGCCGGGUACCCCGUUAACACGGACGAUAGCCACAUAGAAGGGAUUCUCAACCGGGUCUCGGACGUAAUGCUAUUUCCCAAUAUGAACACGGGAAAUGUUUGA